AUGGUUUUGUUCUUGAAUAUUGGAAAGUUUUUUGAAAAGCGCAAAAAACUGGCGAGAGUUUUUGGUAUAGUUGGUAUGCUGUCCAUGAUACACCGAAUAAAGAAAAAGCCGAAACAUGUGCAACAGCUUUAUGGGAUCAUCCAGGUCCUCGAAUUGGUCUAUGAGAUCGAGAGUGUCAAAGAAAGAAAGAAUAAGGUGAGCCUUAUCGGCUGGUUCAUCAAUAUCAGCAAGGUCAUCGCCAACAAUUUUUGGUGCCUUUGCCUUCAUGUUUUCGUCCAUUCGGCGUACCUUCAGCGCGAGCGUCAUCGUGUCAUGGUCGCCGUAAUCAUAUUGCAACUUUAUCUUUCGUUUCGGCGGAAUCUCGACUAUAUAGUAUCUACAACUUUCCCCGGUGCGAUGGGUGCGGAAAUCGACAAGCGGCACAAUUUAUCGCACUCCUCACAUCCAGUACCGACGUAG